AUUUGUCUUCCUGAAAAGGCUACAAGUUUAAAAAGUGUCAAAAUAAUUUUGAUUUUUGAUUUAUCUAUCUGUUAGAGUAGCUAACUGACACUGACAAAAUCUGACAUUGCUUAGUAUGAACUUAUGAAGUAAUUAAUUUCUCAAUAAAUCUGUAUUAUUCAUUAAAUAGAUUAUUCUAUUUGAAGAUUCUUAGCUUUAGCAUCAGAAUUUAAGAGUUGAAAUGAAUAGAGACUACGAUCACUUGCUAAAGCUCCUCAUCAUUGGAGAUUCAGGGGUGGGGAAGAGCUCCCUGUUGUUGCGCUUUGCCGACAACACAUUCACUAGCAACUACAUCAACACCAUUGGCGUGGACUUCAAAAUUCGAACCCUUGAUGUGGAUGGUCAGAAAGUGAAGUUACAUAUCUGGGAUACGGCUGGCCAAGAGCGAUUCAGAACUAUCACAUCCACGUAUUAUCGAGGCACUCACGGCGUCAUUGUUGUAUACGAUAUCACAAAUGGAGAGAGUUUUGCCAACAUCAAAAGAUGGCUACAUGAAAUCGACCAAAAUUGUGAUGUUGUUAACAGAAUAUUGGUUGGCAACAAGUGUGACUGUAAAGACAGGCAAGUAGUCUUGCCAGAAGAUGCCCGAAGGUUUGCUGAGCGUAUGGAAAUAAAGCAUUUUGAGACCAGUGCCAAAAACAACACAAAUGUGGAUGAGCUGUUCAUGACGCUGACGCGCAUGGUGCUUCGCAACAAGCAAGAACAGAAGGAGCAGCAGGCUGGGGGCAAGGACAAAAUCAACCUACACAGCAACAAGCCACGCAAGAACAAGCAGUGCUGCUAACAUUCAAUUAGCAUCCCUUAGUUUAAAUGUCAUUAGUUGUAUUUGCCUAAUGCUACUGGUUGGCUCUGCCCACGCAAUAUUUGUCGAUUUGUGUCUUCUUGCAUUUUUCUUUUAUAUUUCUUUGUGUUAGUCAGAUUAUAUAUGGAAAUGUAGUUGAAUAAUAACUUAUCUCGAGUUUGGCUACUCUCUUAUACUUACACAAUUAUUUGUGGUGUUAAUGAAUAUGUGGAUUAGUUGUGAAGUUUAUGUAACUACAUUCCGUCUGAAGAUGUGGUGCUGUUUGACUGACUUGAGGGCAAUUGUAGUCUUCAUCUCUGACAGCGAGUAAAUGCCUAAAAUGUAUGGUGUAAUUUGUGUGUAAUUU